AUGGUUACCCCAUACAAAUUUGAUAGUGCAUUGAAAACUUAUUCAUUUGAAACAAAACCGACCGGAAACUUUCAAUCAUAUUUUCAGAUUGAGCAACUACAAAAAGUUUUAAGGGGACAUAUGAUAACUCACUCGUUAAAUUGGUUAGUUCGAAUGGCAUCUGAUAUUGAGACAAAUAUUGUUAGUGUUGAACUUGUUAAUGAAUAUUCACAGCUUGAAAGUGAAGCACCAUGGAAAAUUUCAGAUGCUAAACCGCCACCUCAUUGA